AUGGGGUUCACCGCGUACUAUGGUUUUGCUCCGAGGAUUUUUAAAGGUAACGAUCACCGCGUAGGAUUUGGAUUCCGUUUCGGCAACCACGCCGAUCUCCAAAUUUUGUACGAAUUCGGUCCUCAAACUUCAACAAAACCAUUAAAAGAAAUAAAAGUUCCAUCAGCUCCUCUGAGGCAGCGAGAAGCGAGGCGUCCGGUCAUUGAUUUUCUACUUAGAACUGGUAUCCUAACGCGGUUAUCGUAUCGGAAUAGCAUUCUACACGAGAAGACAGCCGAAGUUCAGAAAACGUAA